ACGUGCUGUUGUAUUCUUAGAAACGAUUAAAAUUCAUCGUGGAGUGAUAAAAAAAAAAAAACCCGUCUGUGUAUAUAUAUAUUUGAAGAACAGUGGGUUUGGAUCAGUUAUCGUUAGAAAGGAUAUCCUAUACUACCGAACACUUAUAACUGUCUAGAGGAUCAUAAACCGUGUUGUUAUAUAUAUAUAUAUUAAGUAGUGUAUAAAAGUCUAGCUUCUAAAGAUUGUUUAGAUAUUGAAGUGAAUAGUAAUAAUAUAUGUCAUAAACGUUGAUAUAAGUUAUUUAUAUUCUUAAAGCAAGUUUUUGUACACAGAUUUCACCGUGGUAGUAACAGCCAGAGACAGAAAAGUGUUUGAAAUGGCAUCUGUAGUGAUGCCGCAGAGUUUUUGUACCAAGCGAAGAAACAGUCAGACAUUAGCCCCUCUGAUAAUGCCACCCAGAGACGUGCAGUUUCCAUCAGAUUACGACGAUGUAGCUGAAGAAGGGAAAAUGUUGUUCAAUAGAUUUGUUUUAUUUCGUAUGGAACAGGAGCAAGUUGAAGAUAAUAAACAACAGGCUGCAAUAUCAGAUGAAACAUAUAUUGAUCCUAUGUGGAUAAAAGCUGGUAGAGAAUUAAGGAUAAUGGCUGAUGAAUUUGCUAGAACCAGAAGUAGAGAAGAGAUUGGUGUAGAAAAUAUAACAUAUGAACAAUUUAAAGAAUUACUAUCAGAAUUAUUUAGUCAGGGACAUAUCACUAAGGAACGUGUAAUGAUGUUGUUUUUCUUCUGUUCUGAUGUGGCUGUAAGAACAGUGUCCUGUAGUGUAGAAAUGUGUAAACGCUUUAUGCACUGGUCUCUAACAUUUAUUACUCAAUGUGUAUGUAGAUGGGUCAGAGAAAAUGGCGGUUGGGAAGAUGUUUUAGUAGUAGAUAGAAUGCCAACUCUAAGACCCGUUCUGGCUGCUGGUGCUGUCUGUUGCGUAGUAUAUUUUGCUGUUAAAUACUAUAAGUCCUAGCUUCUCGGAACGCACCUGUAAAGACAGACAGCGAUGAUGUUGAGGAACGCUAAACCAUACGGGUCUUCUAAAGGAUAGGCCUACUCCUUUAUGUACAUCUGACAGUAUUACUGGAAUCAGACAACAGACUGAUUCUUUUGUGAUCUCAUUGUUUAAAAAUGGCUCAACAAUUUGUUUAUAGUCUUAAUAGAAGUUUCGUUUCAAGAAGACUAAGCGUGUUUUCGAUUGUGUUCAUUAUUUACAGUCAAUUUCAGUACAUGUAUAUGUGUUUAUGUGUUUGUGUUUAUGUAUUUCUAUGAGGCACCCAGUUCAAUGAAUUUUAAAGGACAAGAAUCGGUGAAUUGGAAUAGCUGAUGACAAUGACAGUUGUCUUUGAAAAUAAAUAAUUGACGUUCAUUCAUUGUAUAACGAUAAUUGAAAAUAUAUGGACCAAAAUGAUUAUAAUGGGUAUUGAUAAUGGGCAAUAAUAGACAACUCUCACGUUCAAUGUUAUCUAUAUUUAUACAUGCAAUGGUGAAUAUUUUGAUCUCAAUAUUUUGUAAUAAUAAAUUAUUACAUAUAU